CUUACAUACUUACCUAGAUUUCCAUGCAUGGCAUGAUGUCUGUAAGGUUCUCUUACCAAACUGUCCUCUCUGAUAGAGUGUCAUUAGGAUUUCGAUUCUCUGAAUUGAGUGCUUUUUUCACCUGUGAAAUUAAAAUCUUUUUUGUGAACAUGUUUCUCAGAUUGAACCAAUGUUCUCCCAUUUCAAUGGUAUUCUAGGAAUGUUUUAGUUUUCGAAACUAUGGGAGUGGAAUUUGUUGGGGAAGGCUUUUCAUGUUUCUGGCCGAAUCUCUUGUUAUAGAACUUCGGAGAAACGAUCAGUUGCGAUGCUUUGAAGUCUGCGUAGAAGUUGAACUGUUGACAUUCUUUUCUUUUCUUUUCUUUGUCCUGAUAAAAGACCUGUUGACAUUCUUGUUCUUCAACUUCAACAUGCUUUUCAUUUUCCUUUCAGAGGUUUUCCGUGUUUUCUGAGACUCAUCUGCCAGGAUUCUAACUCUUAUACGGCAUUUGUGACUUCAGGGAUCUGAAUUUCAGUUUUUGGGAUUGAUUUUUCUUUUUUCUUUUUUCUUUUUUUCUGAUUUAGAGGUGUGCCAACUUUUAAGGAGUUUCCUGGGAUUCCAAUUGCACAAAAAAGCACAAGAAAUGGAGGUUUUCCUUGUUUCAUUGCAUGGAACCAUGAAAUCUGAUGCUGUUAAUGUUCUGAAUGCAAUUGUGCCUCUAUUGAAACUACUAUCCAUGAGUGUCAUUGGUCUGAUUCUUGCCCACCGGAAAACGCAAAUUGUCCCCAAAGAGACUUUCAAGUUACUCAGCAAGCUUGUUUUUGCCUUAUUCUUGCCCUGUUUGAUCUUCACUCACCUUGGUCCAUGCAUUACUCUCGAGAGUGUCAUUCACUGGUGGUUCAUCCCCGUAAAUGUUGUUCUUAGUACUGCCAUUGGCUGCGUAUUGGGGUUCUUGGUGGCAAUAAUUUGCCGGCCACCACCUGAAUACUUUCGAUUCACCAUCAUCAUGACCGCAUUCGGAAACACAGGUAACCUCCCUCUGGCAAUAGUUUCAUCAGUUUGCCACAAUACUGCUAACCCAUUUGGUCAGGAAUGUUAUGCCUCCGGUGUGGCUUAUGUAUCCUUUUCCCAAUGGGUUGCGGUUAUACUUCUUUACACUCUUGUUUACCACAUGAUGGAGCCCCCGUUGGAGUAUUAUGAGAUCACUGAAGAAGGAGAGCCUGAAAUAGAGGAGGUAGUGCCUGCUGCUGAUGAUCUCAGUAGGCCGCUUCUUGUUGAAGCUGAAUGGCCGGGGCUCGAAGAUAAGGAAACCGAACAUUGCAAGACACCCUUUAUUGCAAGGCUAUUCUAUAGUAUCUCGGGCAUCUCACAAACAACUAUUCCGGAUCUUGAUUCAGUGGAUGAAGGUCCAAGAAGUACCAUGUCAAUUAAAUGUUUGGCAGAGCCUAGGAUGAUUAAAAAAAUCAGAAUUUUUGCUGAGAAAACCCCAAUUCAUCACAUACUUCAGCCACCAACAAUCGCUUCACUGUUAGCGAUUGUUAUAGGACUGGUUCCUACUCUUAAAUCUUUGGUUUUUAGUGAUGAUUCUAUUGUUUCUUUUAUCACAGACAGUUUAGAUUUUAUGGCUGAGGCAAUGGUGCCUUCAACUAUGCUUGUUCUUGGAGGAAUGCUUGCUGAAGGUCCCAAUGAAUCUAAUUUAGGGAUCCGAACUACAAUUGGCAUCAUUGUAGCAAGGCUUUUAAUUCUUCCUUUACUUGGAAUUGGGGUCAUUCUAUUGGCUGAUAAGCUGAAUAUUUUGGUCCCCGGGGAUAACAUGUAUAGUUUCGUGCUUUUGCUGCAAUACACAACACCAAGUGCCAUCUUAUUAGGAGCAAUCGCAAGCUUGAGGGGUUAUGCAGUGAAUGAGGCAUCGGCUCUCCUCUUCUGGCAGCAUGUGUUUGCUCUGUUCUCCCUUUCAGUGUAUAUAAUUCUGUACUUCAACGUGCUAUUUCCUUAUGUCCAAGGUUGACAAGAUUUUACAUGUAGCAGAGUUUUGUUGGUGAUUUUUGGCAGGAAUCUGUCCCAUUGAUAGCGCAAUUUGAAGAUUUGGAACUACAUUCAUUCAUUGUUAAGUUUAUUUGCUUAUGAUCCCCCUCAUUCCAUUUUUCUCUUUUUUGCCUGUCUCAAAGGAAUGCACACAUAAAUAUAGUCCAAAUAUGUCGUUCCAUAGCCAUUUGAAUUUUGAAGUAUUUUCAGUUCAAUUUACAUGUUAUGUCACCAUGUCCUGGAAUUUCUCUUCCGGCAAUAUUUCUCA